AUGGACUCGUGGCUCAAGGAGGUCGUGCUGCUGGAGACCAUCUGGGACCUCCACGACAAGGUCAGCGAUGCCAUCCACGCCCUCUCCCGCGCCCACUUCCUGCGCGCUGUCCGCCGCCGCGCCUCCGCCUCCGCAUCCGCCCCCGGCCUCGUGCACGUCAAGGGCAGGGGUCUGGGUCUCGGCGCGCGCGGCGGAGACGAGGUCGUCGCCCUGGCGGCCCUGGCUGAGGAGGACAGGAGCCUGCACGCCAUCCGCGCCGCGCUGGAGGACCUCGAGGACCAGUUCGAGUGUUUUCUCCAGCAGCAGGGCUCGUCGCCGCGUGUGAUGCAGAAACGGUGCAGCCAGGCAGAUCCUCACCAGGCUGCGGCGUAUGGAGUGGAGGAUAAAAACUCAGCUGCCACUGUGUAGGAAGCGAUGGGAAUCGUUUGGUGCCGUCAGGACACGAUCGUGCGGUUGAAGAGAAAAAGGUAGACGUGGAUGUGCUGAGUGAGAGCGUGACUUUGCUCCCAACUUUAAUAUAUAGAAAUAGAAAGAACUCUCUAAGCAAUGAUUGUGGAUAUACAUGUUUCCUUAUUAUUAAAGCAGCAAGGAAACGUGGCCAGAGAGCCUAUCCACGUCGA